AUCUAACAUUAGCCAGACUGUCCAUGUAACACACCUUUGUUUUCAUUCUCAUCAAUCAAUAAUUCUCCAAUUAUUGUCCUCCAAAAGUGUAACCCUUUUCAUUUCUUACUAAUUAUUUAAUUACAUGUCAACUACAAUAUUUUCAUUCAUUAUAUAAGCUAUCUCAAGUUGGUUUCAUGUUAACUAACUAUAAAUAAGUAGACUCAUAAAUGUUGCUUAAACAACAAUUAUAGCAGCUAGCAUAACAGAAUACUAAUUAGUUAUGGAAGCUCCAAGCUUUGUUUUCUUGUCCUUGCUUCUUAUCCUCACUGCUACAACAACUUCAGCUCAACUUACUCGUGGCUUCUAUAACAAUGUAUGUCCCAAUGUCGAACAAUUGGUUCGGUCUGCUGUGAAUCAGAAGUUUCAACAAACAUUUGUGACUGCUCCUGCCACUCUUAGACUCUUCUUCCAUGAUUGCUUUGUCAGGGGUUGUGAUGCAUCGGUUUUGAUUCAAUCUCCAAACAAUAAGGCAGAGAAGGAUCAUCCUGAUGAUAUAUCACUAGCUGGUGACGGCUUUGACACUGUUGUUAAGGCCAAGGCAGCCGUUGAUAGAGACCCUAAAUGCCGAAACAAAGUCUCUUGUGCUGAUAUACUUGCCCUCGCUACUAGAGAUGUCGUCAAUUUGGCAGGGGGGCCAUUUUAUAAUGUCGAAUUGGGAAGGCGUGAUGGAAGAAUAUCUAAUUUGGCUGGUGUUCAACACAAUCUUCCUGGCCCUCAUUUCAAUUUGAAUCAACUCAAUUCCAUGUUUAGCCUCCAUGGCCUCUCCCAAACAGAUAUGAUUGCAUUAUCAGGUGCACAUACAAUUGGAUUCUCUCACUGCGGCCGCUUCUCAAAAAGAAUCUACAGAUUCAGCCCAAGAACUACAAUUGACCCAUCAUUAAAUUUACAAUAUGCUUUUCAGCUAAGGCAAAUGUGUCCAUUAAAAGUUGAUCCUAGAAUUGCCAUUAACAUGGAUCCUGUCUCACCUAAAACGUUUGACAAUCAAUACUUCAAGAAUCUACAGCAAGGAAAAGGACUCUUCACUUCUGAUCAAGUGUUGUUUACAGAUUCAAGGUCAAAGGCCACAGUCAACUUAUUUGCAUCAAAUGAAAAAGCUUUUGACAGUGCUUUUAUUACUGCUAUUACUAAGUUGGGAAGGGUUGGUGUUAAAACUGGUAAUCAAGGUGAAAUUAGGAUUGAUUGCUCCAGGGUCAACUAGAAAAAGUACUGUUGUUAUGGCAUCAUCGACCGACCGGGAUUCUUUGCAUUAAUAAAAGCACGCAGUUAUAUCUUAUAUGCACUAGUCAAUGUCAAUCUCAUCUAUUGAUUUGAGAUUAGACGGUUUAAAUUACGUGUUUAUAAAAUCUGUUUUAAAUUAUUAGAUCAUCAGUUAAGAUCAGACGGUGGAAAUCAGUAACUGCAUCAUGUAGUUACUGCAGAGUCUAUUUCCAUCAUCAUAAUUGUUUUUGAGGGUUUAUGAGUUUUGUAUAUUUGGUGAUUCAUUGUUCUAUUAAUAAUUGAUUGAGUUCAUUGAGGUA